AUGUUUGGGCAGAACGCCGAAGCAGCACGCGUUUACAUGCAUCUCGCGAAGAUUGUCGAAGCUGAAGGUCAGAAGAAGAGCGCCUACCGCUACUGCAGGCAGGCCUUCCGAUUGCGCCCCGGCGACAGCAGCUUAGGGGGUCUGCUCAGGCUAGCGCCUGAGGUUGACUGCGUGCAAGACGCGGCCACGGAAGCCCUGAAGUGGCGACUUCCCGAUGCAGCAGACAUUCUGGGCCCCAUCUUCGAGAUGUUCAAGGCGUACGUCGACCAGCGCCUGGCUGCUGGCGCACUGACGGUGCCGGGAGGAGCGACGCCGCGACCACGCUCAGAAGAUACGCCAGGUGGGAUGCCGAUGUAUGACUCGCUGCUGGAAAACUUUUUCGCCGAUGACAGCCAGUCGAGCCAGGCAGUGCCAGUGCCGGCCACCCCCAUGAGCCUCCCACCGGGAACGCCCAGAACCAGUGCGCCGGGCACGCCGGGCACUCCGAUGCUGAUGUCUGCCACCCAGGUGGCUGACCUCCGCCGCAAACAUCCGGGUCGCAUUCCCGUCGUCAUCCUCCCAGCGCUGGACCCGACGCUGGCCCCGCAACCCGAGAGACGCGGCAUUGAACUCCACAAGUUUUCUACGAUCUAUUGA